CUUUGGUAGUGUGAGCGCGGACAACUUGAGUGUCAGAAACCCUGUGGGUUGCAAAUUUGUGUCAAAAAUCAUUUUGUUUCUUGCCGCCGUCAUGUUUCUCCUUGCUCAAGGCCCAGUUGGUUGCAUGUAACACCGAUCUCUACUUUGAUGCGCAUAGCAGCACUUUCCGGCCAUGUGAUCGCGAACCUAGAUGAAGCCCUGUUGCGUCGAAUCACAUCAGGUGUUGGCUCAGGUGCUUCAGCUUUGAAAAGGUUUUUGGAACCGAUGCUGGGAGUGUCUGCCUAUCGGCUAAAGCUCUUUCUGGAGGAUCAGGAAAUCUCAAGCAUCUCACCUGACAGCUUCCAAGUAGAUUUACAGCUUGUUGUUCUACCGUACUGUCAGGAUCGUGCAAGGGAACUGUUAGAUGCUGCUGAGUCUGGACAUCUUUUUGAAGCUCAACGUCUUCUAGAGCUUUCACAAGAUCCAAAUGCCAAGUGUGGGGACAGUCUGGCACCACUGCACUCAGCUUCUUGCAUGGGCCAUGCAGAUAUGGUGCGUCUGCUGGUCGAAGCUCGGGCUGAUAAAAACCAAGCAGCGAUUUAUGGAACACCUUUACUCAUAGCUGCAGAACGUGGGCGAAUUGAAGUUGUGCGAUAUUUGGUUGAAGCUGGCGCUGCAAAAGAUGAGCCAAAAGAUGAUGGCUCCACGCCGUUGCUUUGCGCUGCUGCUGGCGAUCAUCUUGAGGUUGUGAAGUUCUUGAUUGAGGCUGGUGCAGACAAAGAUCUGCAACGAGGAGAUGGUGCCACUCCCUUGUUGUGCGCAGCUGCUAUGGACCAUUUGGAGGUCGUGCAAUGCCUUGUGAAUUCCGGUGCUGACCAAAACCUGCACAGGAACAAUGGGUUUACACCAUUGAUGUUGGCGGUUUUCAAGAAUCACGUAGAGGUAGCGAGCUUUCUUGUUGACAGCGGUGCUGAUGUAAACAAGUCCGGGGAAGAUGGCGACACACCGUUGCUGUUCGCAACUGUAGAAGGCCACAUGGAACUGGUUCGACUCCUAUUGGAGGCAGAUGCUGAUAUUGACAAGGCAUCUGACAAUGGUUCGACACCUUUGUUUUGUGCAGCUGAUGAGGGCCACUCUGAGUUGGUGCGCUUGUUUCUCGAGGCUGGGGCGGAGAAAGAGGAGGCACGCUGGGAUGGUUCCACACCCUUGCUUUGUGCAGCCUUACAAGGCCACACACAGGUGGUCCAGCUUCUGCUGCUGGCAGGGGCUGAUGCCAACAAGUGCCGAAUGGAUGGCUCAACCGCUCUCAUGUGCGCAGCUGCCGAGGGCCACGAUGAGAUUGCUCAAGCAUUGCUGCUGGCCGGGGCUGAUCCAAAGUGGUCACGCAAAGAUGGUAAGGUAGCCCAGCAGCUGGCAGAAGACCACGGCCAUUUGGACAUGGUUGCCCUAUUGAAUGAUGUUUCGAAGCUGAAGCGAGCAAGAUGUGCCAGGGUUGAACUGUUCCAAGCAGAGUAGACCUGGGAGGCCAAGGGCCGGCAAGACUUUUCUACGCCCAGGCACAAGUCAUUUGGACGUCAGGAAAAGCGUGCGCAAUUUCAAACAGUUGAGCCGCGGAAUUUUAGGUCAGUGCCAAUGCUUAA